AGUAGCAGCUCCCGGCGCGUUUAAACAGCAGAAGGUUCGCUUAAGGAAUAAAGAGUAUAACCAGAGUCAUCAUACGUGUUGUCUUCCAAGGGGAACUUUAGGUUUUAUUUUCAAGCCGGCUAUGGCAAAGAUCGCGUGGCUGUGCUGAGCUUCCUUUCUGCUUCUCCUCUGGUCUCCGGCAGACCGCAUUUCUGUUUCUGAUGCGUGUUUGGAAAGAUAUACGCUCUCGUAGCUCACACAGCUUGUUCUUUCUGCAAGGUAGCCAGUAACAUGCUGGGAGGUCAGAUAGCCCACUGUCUCUACUAGUCCUACUCCAACUACAAAGCCCACGUGUCUCCUUCUCCGCUGGUGGAUCUUUAGGUCGGGUUAUUCUGAGAGGGGAUCCAGAGUGGUGUACUGAAAGUUACGAUUAUAUGAGAUGGAUAAAAUACAGCAUAAUCCACAAUUAAUAACAGAAUCACCAAUCAGUAAUACGCCUUGAUGCAUGCUCAAUUAUCCAGGCGACUGAUGGGAGGAGGAGAGUCUGAUGGAGGAGCAGCUCAGCCACUGCAGUGAGAUCUGUUCUUCAUAAAAGGCAAAAGAAGGAAAAGCAAGCCAAAACCUCUGCACACCGAUGACCUAAAAAUAACCCACCCAAGGCCAACAAGUACAGAUAAACCAGUUGUGAUCCCUGUGGAAAAGACUUUUACCACUAUGAAGCAAGCCAGAAGACACCAGCGCACCGAUAGUGGGGACAGAAGCUUUAGAUGUGAUCGUUGUGGAAAGUCUUUUACUCAUAAUAGCAGCUUAAAAAGACAUCAGCUCAUCCAUGCUGAAGUUAAACCCUUUAGCUGUGAUCGGUGUGGAAAGUCUUUUUCUCAGCAUCACAGUUUAAAAAAACAUCAGCUCAUCCACACUGGAUUUAAACCAUUCAGCUGUGAACAGUGUGGAAAGGCUUUCACUUCCAAAAGUAACUUAAAAGGACAUCAGGUCAUCCACACUGGAGUUAAACCAUUCAGCUGCGACCAGUGUGGAAAGUCUUUCACUUCCAAAAGUAACUUAACAGCACAUCAGCUCAUCCACACUGGAUUUAAACCAUUCAGCUGUGAACAGUGUGGGAAGGCUUUUACUCAGGAUGGAAGCUUAAAAAAACAUCAGCUUAUCCACUCUGGUGUUAAACCAUUUAGCUGUAAUCAGUGUGGAAAGGCUUUUACUCACAAAAGGAACUUUAAAGAACAUCAGUUUAUCCAUGCUGGGGUUAAACCGUUCAGCUGUGAUCAGUGUGGAAAGUCUUUUACUCGCAAAAGUCACUUAAAAGGACAUCAGCUCCUCCAUGCUGGAGUUAAACCUUUUAGGUGUGAUCAGUGUGGAAACUGUUUUACUCACAAAAGUCACUUAAAAGAACAUCAGCUUAUCCAUGCUGGAGUAAAACCUUUUAGGUGUGAUCAGUGUGGAAACUGUUUUACUCACAAAAGUCACUUGAAACAACAUCAGCUCAUCCAUGCUGGAAUUAAACCAUUCAGCUGCAAUCAGUGUGGAAAGGCUUUUAAUCGCAAUAGUCACUUAAAACAACAUCUGCUCAUCCAUGCUGGAGUUAAAGCAUUCACCUGUGAUCAGUGUGGAAAGUCUUUUACUCAUAGAAGUCACUUAAAAGAUCAUCAGCUAAUCCAUGCUGGAGUUAAAUCAUUUGUCUGUGGCCAGUGUGGAAAAUCUUUUACUCAUAUUAGUAAUUUAAGAAAACAUCAACUCAUCCACACUGGAGUUAAAGCUUUUGUCUGUGGCCAGUGUGGAAAAUCUUUUACUCAUAUUAGUAAUUUAAGAAAACAUCAAGUCAUCCACACUGGAGUCAAAUAAUUGUUUUGUGAUCACUGUGGAGGCUUUUACUUAUAUAGACACAUUUAAAAAGCACCAGAUCAUUCACACUGGAAUUAAAGCAUUUGUGGUCAGUGUGGAAAGUCUAGUUUAAUUAUCUAAAAAAAUAAAGAUAUCAACCAUCUUAAAAUUAAAACACUGAAACGUGAAUGGGGUGGAAAGUUUUAUAUCCAUAACACAAACUUGUUCAACUGACAAAGUGUCCCUCUGUAACAAAACUGGCAGACCGUCGUGACAGUACUCUGACAGAGUUCUUUUGGACAGAGUGAGAAACACAGCUGAUCUGAACAAAUCUUCUGUAUGCCUGGUCAAACUUAAAAACUUGAUCAGGCCUGACAGAAUUCAGCUUUAAUCUCCUGUUCAAUGCUACUGCGAGAAAGUCCGUUAUAUCAGUUAAGACCUUCUACAUGCUCUCUGGUGAAAGCGAGUGUGGAUAAACUUUGACAGCAUUGAGCAAGCUAAGUAUUAGAAAGACUUAGGACUAGGUAAAAUGAGCAAGUAAAUGGAAAGAGAUUCACAGAUGUGAUGUUUGCUUUGAGGGUUUGAUGGAGACUGUCAGAUCUUCAC